AUGGAAAACAAAGACAACAUUGAAGCCACCAUAAAGUUCUUGACUUCUAGCUUGAAAACAUCAAUAGCUAUUUCUUCUGCAUUAGAUGAGUCUAGUUCAAGAUUAGAGCUUCUUAACCAACGAUGUUUAUCCAUGCAAGCUUCACUUAAACCCAUCUCAAAACAAAAUCUUCUAUUUUCUAAUGUUGAACACGGUAUAGACAGUGUUCUAUGUUCUGUUUCAGCAAUCCUCAAGGUUUUUCAAUGUGUUGGUCACUUGGAGCAUUCUCUUUCGAUUGACGCAAAUUCUGAUCUUUUCACAUAUGUCUCAAACACAAAGAAGCUUGAAGAAGCAUUGACGUUUCUCACUAAUAAUUGCAAGUUAGCAACUAGUUGGUUGAAGAGUGUUUUUAAGUUCUUACAAAGCAAAACAACAAUUGGUCCCAAUGAGUUUUACCUAUUGAAUGUAAACAAAUCCUUGAGAAUAUUGCAAGAAUUGCAGGCCAUAGAGAACAGUGCUUGCCUCGACAGAGGAAUUCUCAGUAUUGCCCUUGACAAACUAGAGAUGGCUUUUCACAAACUUCUAAUGGAAAAUUCUAUGCCUCUUCCAUUGGUUUCAUUAUACCCUCACAAUGAUCAACAAAACGACGUCGCAAAACAAGGUUUGCAAUUUCCAAGUUCAACAAGGAUGUUACAAGUCAUUGCCGAUAGAUUAAAUGCUAAUAACAGGCUAAACAAGUGUCAAACUAUGUUUGUUGAAGUUCGAGGUACAAAUGCUCGCCGAAGUUUGAAGACUUUGGAUUUGAGCUACCUUGAAAUUUCAACAAGUGAGUUUGAGGAUGCACAAACAAUGGAGAGUUGCAUAGGCAAAUGGGGAAAUCAUUUGGAGUUGGUUGUUGUGAAACUUCUUGAGGUUGAAUACGAGCUAUGUACUAUUGUAUUUAAGAAUAUUGAUUCAAAAGCAUGGAUGAGUUGUUUUGCAAAGAUGGCUAUUGAAUUAGGAAUCUUUUCAUUUAUCAAAUUUGGAAAGGUUGUUACGGAGACGAAAAACGAUCCUUUCAAGUUGUUGAAUUUGUUGUCAAUGUUUAAAAUAUUGAAUGGUCUCAGACUAAAAUUUAAUCAACUUUUUAGAGGAGAAGCUUGUGAAGAAAUUAGAAUUGUUACAAAGGAUCUUAUCACAAGAGUUGUUAAUGGUGUAAGUGAGAUAUUCUUGCAACUUUCAGAACAAGUGAAAUUUCAAAGACCAACUUGUCCUCCCUCAGAUGGAAGUGUUCCUAAGCUGGUAAGCUUUGUUACUGAUUAUUGCAAUAAGCUUCUUAGUGAUGAGUAUAAGCCACAUUUGAAUAAGGUUUUGGAAAUACAUCUUAGUUGGAGAAAUGAAUUAUAUGAAGAGGGUAGUUUAGUUGGGAAUAUGAUGGGAGAUUCUUGGUUAAGAGCACAUGAACAAUAUAAAGAAUAUUAUGCAGCACUUUAUCUGAGGAAUAGUUGGGGAAAUAUUCAAACUAUUCUUGAAAUUUCAUCCUCUAUGACUAUGACUUGUCAAGAUCUAGCUAAGAGAAUAAAUACUUUUACUCUAGCUUUUGAUGAAAGGUGCAAGAAGCAAUGUAAUUUGAUAAUCUCUGAUGAGGCAUUGAGGAAAUGGGUAUGCAAACAUUUGGUGGAAGGUAUUAUACCAAUCUAUAAGGUAUAUUUGAAGAAUUACAUUUUGUCACUUGAAAAUGAUGAUGCUAUGGUUGAUAACAAGAAUGUUAAAUAUACAGCAAAGAGUUUGGGGAAUAGGAUUUGGUCAUUGUUUCAACCAAAGUUGAGGAAGCAUGCUGAUGCUGGUAGCAUUAAACACAUAGAUUUGAUUAGUAAAAUAAAAAAGUUAGCCAUUAGUUUUGUUUGA